AUGGUCCAGAAAAUCAGGCCCGAUGAUGGAUUCUUGCGAGUGGUACCACCACCCGGAUUAGAGGCGCCACUGCCCAAGGAAGGAGAGAAAAAUAUACUUAUUACUUCUUCAUUGCCCUAUUGCAAUAACGUUCCCCAUCUCGGUAACAUCAUCGGAAGCACCCUCAGUGCUGAUGUGUUCAGUCGAUAUGCUCGAACUAGGCAAUGGCGGACGUUAUACAUCUGCGGGACGGACGAAUACGGGACUGCCACGGAAACACAGGCCCUCAAGGAAGGAAUUACCCCCCGAGAACUUUGCGACAAAUACUAUGUUCUGCACAAGGAAACGUAUGAAUGGUUUGAUAUUGGAUUUGAUCAUUUUGGUCGCACUUCUACCCCUAUUCAUUCUGAAAUUGCUCAAGAAAUAUACACUAAUCUGGGAAAGAACGACCUUCUAGAAAAACAAGAGAAGGAACAGAUCUAUUGUGAAGGGUGCCCAAAGUUCCUUGCCGACCGUUAUGUUGAAGGUGUAUGCCCUCAUUGCGCCUUUGAAGAUGCUCGAGGGGAUCAAUGCGAUGGAUGUGGCAGGACUUUGGAUGCCAUUGAACUGAUAAAACCUCGCUGUAUCGUUGAUAAGACCCACACACUUACCACUCGGAUAUCAUCACAUAUGUAUCUUAAACUUGACUCGAUCCAGCCACGAACGGAAGAAUGGAUCAAACAAUCCUGGAAGGCCGGUAAAUGGUCUCCGAACUCUGUGAUCAACGCCGAUGGAGAAAUCGUCGAUCCUCGACUGAAAAAUGGACUUCUCCCUACCCCUUUGACGCGCGAUCUGAAGUGGGGUGUCCCGGUUCCUUAUGACGAUGAGGAUAAAUUGGGAAUGGCAGGAAAGUUCGACGCUCCUAUUGGGUACCCCAGUAUCACGGCUCACUUGACACCAGAGUGGAAGCAAUGGUGGUUCAACCCCAAAAAUGUUGACCUAUAUCAAUUCAUGGGCAAAGACAAUGUUUACUUCCAUACAGUCUAUUGGCCGUCGGUGCAAAUCGGUGAUGGCAGGGACUGGACCAAGCUCCACCAUCUUUCUACGACAGAAUACUUGAACUACGAAGGUGGAAAGUUCUCGAAAGGAAAGAAUCGUGGUGUGUUCGGACCAGCUGCCAAAGAAACCGGCAUUCCUGCGUCAGUCUGGAGAUAUUACUUGUUGUCUUCCCGACCAGAAACAGCAGAUGCCAUGUUUUCGUGGGCAGAAUGUAUUGCCGCCAACAACAACGUGCUAUUAAACAACUUCGGAAACUUUGUAAACCGUGCUCUCAAAUUUGUGUCGUCGCAAUAUAACAGUGUGAUUCCAGAGAGUGGCGACGCCCCAGGACCUUAUUCUCCCAACGAUCCCGAUGACGCGGAGUUUAUUACUAACGUGAAUACCCUCUUGAAAGAAUAUAUCGACGCCAUGGACUCCGUAAAGAUUCGUCUGGGACUCCAAACUGUCAUGCAUAUAUCCUCCGCCGGAAAUACCUACCUGCAAUCAUCUGGCCUCAACAAAGCUCUUAUGGAAUCUAACCCAACCCGAUGUGCCCAGGUUAUCUCCCGAGCUAUUAAUCUUAUUUAUGCGCUGUCGACUCUCAUCUAUCCAUUUAUGCCUGCCACCUCCGAAUCUAUUCUCUCCCAACUCAAUGCACCCGCGCGUGUCGUACCCGAAGUGCUUUCAAACGAUAUCCUUGGCGGCCACACGAUUGGAAAGCCCGAGCACCUCUUCAAGAAGAUUGACGACAAGAUGGAGGAGGUGUGGAAGGCUAAGUUUGGUGGCAAGCCUGCUGCAGAAGCCGAGGCCGAGCCGGCCAAAGGCGCCAAAUACAAGAAGAAAAAGGGAGAAACCACAGAUGUUGCUAGCGACAAGCCAAAGUCGGAGGAGGCGAUUGCUCUGGAGACGAAGGUUGCCGAACAAGGCCAGAUUGUCAGGGAGCUGAAGGCAAAGACCCCAAAGACGCCAGAACUAGACGCUGAAAUUAAGGCUGCUGUCGAGGUCUUGAAGUCACUGAAGGUUCAGCUUGCAGCCGCUUUGCUUUGA